GGAGGUGAAGGGCGUCGCGCAGACCGGGUCUGAAGGCUAUAUCAACAGAGAGGGAAGCAGAGAUAAAGAAUUGAUCUAGGAGUACAGGUGCAUGGUUCCUUGAAGGUCGAGUCGCAGGUAGAUAAGGAUCUCUCCAAUAAUCAUGGAUACCACCAGGAAGGUACCGGUAAUCCGCAAAUCCCUCAAACCAGCAAGACCAUUACAUCGUUUAUCUGCUGAGAUGGAUUCGACAAUAUGUGAUUACCUUCCACCGCUUUUACAUCAAAAUGAAGUUUCAUGGAAUGAAGAGAACUGGACUAUUUCAAGUGGAUAUGCACAACGGGAAAACAAGUGGAGUAAUAUUCCAUCAUUUAGAAGCAAACAUGAUCUUAAAGGACAAGAACGACCAAUUGAAAGACGCCAUUCUGGUCAGGGAGAUGGCACAAAGAAGGAUGCAGAGAGGAUAACGUACAGCAGAGAAUUUUUGAUGAAAAUUGCCAGCCUGCCAAUUUCAAAAGAGAAACCAGAAUUUUUGCCAUCUCUUCCUGUGGUAUUAGAGAGGCCAAGAGAGAGGUUGUAUGGAAGUGGACGGGGUUUAUGUUUUGCUUACCAAAGGAUGGCUACGAAUCAUCAUGGAAUUGCUGGCUGAAUGACUGUUGUAAAUCAAGUCCUGAACUCGCUUGGAAGGUGCUUAUAUUCUGUUUAAUAUUUCUAAACAUAUCUACUGGACUUUUGGAUCUUUAUGGGAAGAACUCAUCCAACUUUACUCAACAGCUAGAAGAUUUUUUUCAGUGAUGAGCUUCAUGAUUAAUUUCUUUUGAUUCUAAUUAAUCAAGAUGGUGAAGUACCACAUUUGUAAAACAGCACUUUUGGUAGAGUUUGUGCACUUGAAAUAAAUUGAAAAUGGGUUAACAAAGAUUUUUUUUAAUGUAGCAAAUGAACUGUAUAGAAAGGACAAUACUAUAAUUCUAAUACUCUCUUU